AUGAAUGAGUGCGUUAUCUCCCGAAACGAGGUCAAUGUUCGGGUCACCACCAUGGACGCUGAGCUGGAGUUUGCCAUCCAGCCCAGCACCACCGGCAAGCAGCUGUUUGACCAGGUGGUGAAAACCAUCGGUCUACGGGAGGUGUGGUACUUCGGCCUGCGGUAUAUGGACACCAAAGGUUACCACACCUGGCUGAAACUGGACAAAAAGGUGUCGUCUCAAGACGUGAAGAAGGAGAACCCGCUGCAGUUCAAUUUUCGUGGCAAGUUCUUCCCAGAGGACGUUUCUGAGGAGCUCAUCCAGGAAAUCACCCAGAAGCUCUUCUUUCUCCAAGUGAAAGAAGGCAUCCUCUCCGACGAGGUGUACUGUCCACCGGAGACGGCCGUGCUGCUGGCCUCUUACUCUGUUCAGGCCAAGUUUGGCGACUACAACAAAGAAGUCCACCGGCCCGGAUACCUGCUGUCCGAACGGCUGCUGCCUCACAGAGUCCUGGAACAGCACAAGUUAACUAGAGAACAGUGGGAGGAGAGGAUUCAGGUGUGGCAUGAAGAACACUGUGGAAUGAUGAAGGAGGAUGCAAUGCUGGAGUACCUUAAGAUUGCCCAGGACCUGGAAAUGUAUGGCGUCAACUACUUUGACAUCAAGAACAAGAAGGGGACGGAGCUGUGGCUGGGAGUGGACGCACUGGGGCUCAACAUUUAUGAGAAGGAAGACAAACUGAGCCCAAAGAUCGGCUUUCCUUGGAGUGAGAUUAGAAACAUUUCUUUCAACGAUAAGAAGUUCAUCAUUAAACCCAUUGACAAAAAAUCCCCAGACUUUGUGUUUUAUGCGCCACGACUGAGGAUCAACAAGCGCAUCCUGCAGCUUUGCAUGGGCAACCACGAGCUGUACAUGCGUCGUCGCAAGCCCGACACCAUUGAGGUGCAGCAGAUGAAAGCCCAGGCCAGAGAGGAGAAGCAGCAAAGACAGAUGGAGAGGCGUUUUGGCUUCGACCAGCCACGCAGGGCAGCUCCUUCCAACGCGCCGGGGUCCCCUGUCCGCGUGUGCCUAACUGCUUUCGUGCGUGACCGUGCAUCAACCCUGGCCCAGCUGGAGAACGAGAAGAAGAAGCGAGAGGCCAUAGAGAGAGAGAAGGAGCAGAUGGAGCGGGAGAAGCAGGAUCUGAUGAUGAGGCUCUUCCAGUUUGAGGAGAAGACCAAGAAGGCAGAGAAAGAUUUGCAGGACCAGCUCAGUAGAGCCAUGACGCUGGAGCAGGAGAGGAGGAGGGCCGAGGAGGAGGCCGCCCGUCUGGAGGCGGAGCGUCAGGCUGCCCUGCUGGCUAAAGAGGAGCUGGCCCGCCAAGCUGAGAGCCAGAAGAAGACUCAGGAGCAGCUGGCUGCAGAGCUGGCGGAGCACACAGCCAAGAUUUCGCUUCUCGAGGAGGCCAAGAGACGCAAGGAGGAGGAGGCAGACACAUGGCAGCUCAAGGCCCGAGAGGCUCAGGAUGACCUGAUCAAGACCAAGGAGGAGCUGCAUAUGGUGAUGACGGUGCCCCCACCCCCUCCGCCCCCUCCCAUGUACGACCACCUGGACGACAACAGCGACAGCGAGGAGAACGCCAGCACGAACAGCGCCGACCUGCAGAUGGACGGCAUCAACGACCACCGCCAGGAGGAGGACCGCCUGACGGAGGCCGAGAAGAACGAGCGUGUCCAGAAACAGCUGAGGGCACUGACCUCAGAGCUGGCUCAGGCUCGUGAUGAUUCCAAGAACACCCAGAACGACCUCCUUCACACUGAGAAUGUGCGGGCCGGCCGAGACAAAUACAAGACCCUGCGACAGAUCCGGAUGGGCAACACCAAGCAGAGGAUUGAUGAGUUUGAAGCCUUAUAAGAAGCCUCUGGCGCUCAGCCGCGUGCCCUUUCUGAAUGGUUACUCCGUUUUGUUUCUCUGCUGAUGCAAACACACUCACCCAAAGACAUAAUUAUCACAUGGUGGCUACAGACUAAACCGAAGCACAGAAAUGAACUCCUGUUUGCCCCGGCAGGUUGCAGGUCUUUGCAAAACCUUAGUGCCAAAACCCCCUCUCGCUCUUUCUCCUCUUUAUUUUAAAACUCUUAAUUGACUUGAUGAGGUCAACCCAAAAAAAUGUUGUUGUUUUUUUGUUUUUUUUACUCAGAGCUGCAAUAAAGAUGGAGUAGGCUAAAUCUUUUAUCACAAAGUGUGCACCUAGAAAUAUAUAAUAAAAACCUUGUUCUUUUCCACAUAACCUCUCAUGAAGAAAUGGGCAGUUUUGUGUUUAUAGCGACCACUCAGAAAAGGGAAGACAGUAUAUGCAGGAAAAUGUAUGUUUGUUUUGAAUUAUUUUUUAACACUUCCAUUUAUGUUUAAUACAACUUUUUAAAGUAGAUUAAAAUCAUGUCUAGUUUGAUAUUUAUACUGUAUAUGGGAGAUUAAAAAGGGUAUUUCAUUGUGGUUUGUAUAUUUUUGCUAUCUUCUAAUGAUAAAGCAUUUAUGUUUAAAAGGUUUUAUAUAUUGACCACAGUAAUAAGUCUCAUUUAGAUCACCUAAUUAAAGAGAUUUAAUUGUAAAUUAUUAUUAUUUUUUACUGUAGGACAAAUCCAGCUGCAUGCCAUUUAAAAAUCAGAUGAGGAGAUUGCUAGCUGCCUCCCGGUACUCUUGAUUAGCAUUUUUACCAUGCUUUUUGCCGCACACGUCACUGGGAUAGUUAUUAGGUUUUCAUUUAUUGAAUCUGUCCGUUCUGUGUCACGUUGGCGCACAGUGAGAGACAAGCAUGUGUUGUGCGCUUUCAAGUGGCCUUUCUUUUUGUCUUUCCCUCUGGAGUGAUCAGCUCCAGACCGCUGGUCUACACCUCUCAGCUGAGGUGCAAAAAUCAUAAAAAUGGGGUCAAUUGUUGGACCUCUGCUGAGCUAAAUCCAGGGUUGAAGUCAAAGAUUUAAAAACUGAUUCAAACAACGCCAAACUCUUUUUUUCCUCUCUGUGGACAAGAGUGACACGUGCUGACAUUCUAAUGAUAACGCACGGCCCUGCUGGCCUUUCCAUAUGAACAGGAUUUCAUUAUGAGGUGUUCAACAUACUGGCAAUAAAAAAAACUGAUGUCACGUCAUUGUGUGUUUACUUUGUUCGGUUAAUAAAGAAAGUCCCAGAUAUGUCCGUUGAUGUUUACUGGAUAGUCUGAGACAUGGAUUACAGUGCUUUAAGUGUUUUAUGCAAAUUUAUGACUGGCUGGCAUGCAGAGAGAAAAGCAAAGGCAGAUGAUCCAUUCGCUUAUUUCACACAUGCCGUUUUUCAGCUAUCUGUAAUGCAUUCUUUCAUGGCACCCUUUAGAUGAUGGCUUUGAUGACACAUCUAAG